AUGAGUUUAUUUAAACUAAUAUCUGGAGCUCUUUUGUUUGUUGCAACAAGAUGCGAUGAUAAUGACGCGAGCGUUGUAAAUAAGAUCGCCAGUAUUCUUGAUCUGUCACAUCUGACACCGGCCGACGCACAACUAGAAAAAAUCAUAGAAUCAAGCUUUCCAUAUUUUAAAAAUGCUUGUGUGGCAGAUGCCUUGCAGCCCUUUCUGCCAACGUGCCUGAAGCAUGGUAUUGAGACAAUCGAUCCUUCCCUGCGUGUAGCUACUGCAGUAAAGCUAUCAAUUUGUGAAUUUGAGGCAUCCGGCUUAAAAGAGAUACCAAAAAGCUGCAUCGAUCUCCAUGAAAGCCGCAUUAUUGAUUGCAUAAGAGAUUUGGAAGUUUCUCCACAAUGGUGGACAACAUAUAGUGGCAAUUUUCAACAUCUUCCAACGCUAUGCUUUGAAAACUCACUUCCCUACGAGAAAAAUCAAAUCUUGGAACUCUUUCUCAAGAUUACAGAGAUAUACGGUAAGUUUAGAAUCGAAAUUGAGGCAAAAUUACAAGAAACAUCCCAAAUGUUUGAUCAGUACUUUGAAAUUAAAAUGAAUAAGCUAAAACGGAAUGUUGAAACUUAUCUUCAAGAUUUUUACGAAAUGACGAAAACUUAUGAAGAAACUUUAAAAUCCUUCAAUCAAACCCAAGUCACUACAUUCAAAGAUUUAUCCUCAAAUUCUGACAUUUUUGAAGCUCACAUUCUGGCAAUGGAUUCUGAGCUCGGUGAUCAACUUUUAUUUUUGAGAGAGACAAUCGAAGACAUCAAUGAGCAGCUGGCGGGACUACAAAUCGCAGAAGAAAUACAAAAAUUGAAGAAGGUUAGUCUGGAUAAUCUUCAAGAUAUUUCCAGCGGUACUGAAAAUGCUUUAAAGAUUCAUCAAGCCUACAUUCAGAAAAUCGAUCACUCACUAGAAAAUUUCUAUUCGGACACUAUGAAUAACGUUGAAAACCUAGAAUAUAAAAUGCAGGAAGCUCACAUAGAUAGUGUGAAUAUUCUUCAAGAUUUCAAUAAAUUAGUACAUGUGUCAAUCAUCCCAUCUCUGAAAGACGAGCUACUCCCACAUGUACAAGAGGCUUCCCAGCUCGUUUUCAAAAACUUACAAAUUAUGGAUGACAUAACUAAUGAGAAGAUUGAUACCUGGAAUGAAAAUCUGGAUGCAGUCUUCCUAGAGAUAGACUCAAAAUUGAAAAAUACAGCUUCAACCGUUGAGGAAAUAGAUACGGACCUUCGAAACUUCAAAAAUGGUUUUCACCAAUUUUUCAGCUUGGUGGAAACCAUAAAGACGUCAAUUGGUUAUCUACAUGGCUUCAUAUUUCUGACGCUUAAACACAGCCAAAAAGUUUGCAGCGCGAUAUCUUCAUAUCUCAUUUGCAGGAGACUCUGCAUUUUCGCAGGACCAGAAAAGAAUAAAGGGGAGGCUUUUUUUCAGAUAUUCAAAGUUCUAUUAAUUGUGAGUACCGCCUUAUUAGGGUCUGGAAUUGGAUUUUUCUUGAGUUAUGAAUUUCCGCGCCUAAUUAUGAUGCAUACUACAAACGGCGUCGAGGAGGCUUUCCCAUCAAAUCACACCAAUUCUACAACUGACCAAUUGCAAAAUACACCAUUUCUACCCAAUUAG